AUGUUCGACUUCUUGCCGAGACGCGCUCAUAAGCAAAGAUCGAAAUCAUCGUUGGAUAUCGGUCAGCCAUUCGACUUCAGGGUUGAAAUCCACAUUGAACCAGACAGCAGUGUCACACAUGUAUUGAACUUUAUAAAUCAAGGAACAAAAAGCAAGUACAGCCGCCCAAAUUUUCUAACCCCGGACCCGAACUGGCCAACUGUUGGAAAAAUAAGUAGAGCACCCUUAACGAACGAGGAAAUAGAAAGAAGUCCUUUCGGCAGGUUGCUGCCUCCAAGUGCUGCCAGAAUGGACAUACUCCCUGGAACCGCAGGCACUGCUACAGUCCCCAGCUCUCCAAUUCCAAAAGCUCCAAGUCGCUUCAGGAACAAAAUUCCAUCCCAAUGGACCGAAGAAACUGGAGCACAAAUAUCGGGGACGCAUCGUCCUUUGCAAAGGACUCACUCAAAGUCACUUCCCCAAUUAACUGCAUGGAGCGACGAUGUGAGUGCUCGCUGUUCAUGUGAAGUUUGCAAAAUGGGCACCAUCACCAACAGAAUAUAUUUUCCGAGCUCAACACUACAGGCUCAAAGGACUGGAAACAGAAGUAUUGGUGAGAAAGAUGGCACAAAAGAAGAAUACGACGAAAUCGAUAGGCAGAAUACGAACAAAUCUACUACGGCUGCUGUUGUGCGGAGGGUGCCGAAGACAGCUUGCGAUUCUUCUGGAUAUGUUGCUCACCCGAGGCUGACCGCCGUCAAAAAUCCUCCUAGUCCACCACCUCGGGGAGUUCCAAAUAAGAAAUCGCAGAAAGAUCAACUUCUUGAUUUUUCCCCAAUAGCGUCUAUAAGCAGCGCCGAAUGCGACGAUCUCGAAGUUGCAUCGAAAGAGGGGAGUGUUAGCGAAACUGAAGGAACACUAGAAAUAUGUGGGAGAUCUUCUAUGGAUUCAGGGAUAAGUGACAAACAUAGCGAUGAUGAAGAGACAGCUCUUUUGAAGGCUUCGUUGGAUAUGAGCUUUCUGAGUGGCCCUUCAUUUCCUUCUGAGUAUGUGUUUCCUAAACGUUUCGCUCCUGGGAGUUCAGGUCUAAAACGACAUCGGUAUACUGAAUCUGAACGAUUCCCGUCAAGUCGAGCUAAUGCACAGGCCCCAGAAGCUGGCAAAAUAAGGUGGGACGGGUCCAACGGCGUUGAUUUCGUGCACCGGAAUGGGGUGAUGAGACGAGUCCGCACUGUGGAUCCCUUACAGAACUUUCCGGGGUCGGCGCGUGAAAUCGACAGCGUGGAACCUGUGUACUUCAAUUCACCGCUUUCUGGAGCCCCGCCAACUCGAAUCUGUGGAGCCAAUUCCAUUCCAUUUUACCUUCUGGUGCCAACGCACGAAAUUAUUACCGUUGAAUCCGUCCAUGUCGAGUUGGUGGCCAAAAACAGGUAA